UAGGAGUGUAAAGUAACUUUAUUUUACGCAGCCAUAUUUGUGUGUUCAUUCAGUUCAUUGUGUGGUUAAUUGAUCGUUGUUUUAUUUAACUGUGUCAUUACGUGUUGAUGGUUAAAUUAUUUUAAUUAUAAAGAUAAUAAUCCAUAUUAUUUAUUUAAUAAUAAAUAUUAAAUGAAUAAUUAAUUAAGAAGAUAGAAUAAGAAUAUAAUUGUAGGAAAAAAAUUCACGCUCGUUUGAUUACAACCAGUAGGUCGACGAGUGGGUUUCAGUUUGUCUGAUCACUUGACUCAGGCAUGUCGGAAAGUGAAGCCGUUGCAUCCCAACAAAAGCAGCAGCAGCAGUCACAGCAACAGCAUUUUAAUCAACAGUUUAAUCCCAACCCGAUGGCAAACAUGGUUUGGCAGUAUCCUCAACCAGCUAAUAUGCAUCAAUAUCAAGGUUUUCCAAACCAAAUGUAUCCCCAAGGGUACAAUCCUCAAGGACAAAUGUAUUACUAUCCUCCAGGAAUGAUGACAGGAUACGGACAACAUUUUAAUGCUCAACAGAUUCCACCUCAGCAACAGCAGCAGCAGCAGCAGAAUAUUCAGAACAAUCAGGGUAACAAACCACAGGGACUUCAGCAGCAGCCGCAACAACAACAGCAGCAGCCACAACAGCCAAUUCAACCGAUGGUUUUAGAUGAUGAUGCCGAUCUUCCCCCCUUGCCUCCAGGACCGCCACCUCCUACUCAACAACCAUCUCAACAUAAUAAUCAAAUUCAACCUCCAUUACAGAAUCAGCCUCAGAUGUUUAUGUAUUAUCCUUCAAAUUAUGGUGGAUGGGGUGAUCAAAAUGACAUGUCACAGUUCAACAAUGGGCAGCAACAGCAAGUGAGAUUCAACCCUCCAAACAAGAAAGCUGGUGUUGGUUCUGUGCCAUCUGGUAACAGCGGAGCAGCUAAGAAGAAGAGACGGAAGAAUAAAUUCGUGACGGUUUCUCAAGGAAAUACCAACUCAUUUCAGGCAAAUAAUGUAGUCACAACUUUUACCCCGGGUACAGAUAUAAAACCCGACAGCUUACCUCCGUUGCCUCCCACCGAGGAUAUCGCGGCACUUCCGAAAACAGUCCCACCAGCAAUUAAAAUCCCCGACAUUCCGAUAGUUCCGGCACCAACUAGUAAUACAGCUCAACCCACAAGCGUCCAUCUGUCUCAAGUUAACUCAAAAAAAUCCACGGUAGGUAGCAUCAACUCCUCCACGAACAGCAACACUUCUACUAUUGGUGCUCCGGUAACGGGAACGAACUCCAAUCCUGUGGGUGACUGGCCCGAUAGUUUAAAGAAUUACGUAAAUCGCUGUUACGAAAAAUGUCAGACGGCUGUUGACAAGGAUCAGGUUGAGAUUAUUUUAAAGGGUAAAAUAACACGCGCGGCUAAUGACGGCUCGCUCUGGAUCAAGGACUGGGACAAAGAACCACUGCCAAGUAUUCACAGCGAGCGUAUGACUAUGACGAUAAAAGCUAAAAACCCAAUCGUCAAAGCCACUAACAAUUCAUUGACAAUCACAAUGAGCAAUAAUUUACGUAGGCCAGGCGGCCUCUCGACGUCACUUGGUGCACGUCUAGGGGCCCGUCUAUCAGCAGCAGGGCACCCAAGACCCAAGUCACGCACGCGAUCUAAAUCAAAAUCAAGGUCGCGUUCGCGGAGUAUUAGCCCACCGUCACGUAAAUACCGACGUAGCAGUUCCUCAUCCUCGAAUACAAGUGAUCGUGGUGGUAGUCAUGAUUACAAAUCGUCGUCGUCAAAAUCCUCUAAAAAAUCUAAUAAUCGAAGCAAGGAUAGUCAUAGCGCGAAAAAAUCUAAGAAGAAUAAACAACCUAAGUCACAUUUCUAUUCUGAAUUCGGUUUAGCUUCAGGCAAUGCUGAGGAAUUAGGCUCGAAAGAAAAACUACAACAGCGGGCAGCUCGUUUUAAUGAUUCAAUUAGCAGGACCGUUGUUGUUAAAGAUGAUACAGCAGACUUUGAUUUCACAGGAUUACAUAUCAUCGGUACAUGCAAAGACCUUGAGAAACCUUAUCUCCGUCUUACCUCUGCUCCAGCUGCAUCGGCAGUACGACCGGUAAGUGUUCUUCAGUCUUCUCUGGCUCACGUGAAAAAACGCUGGGUGUCGGAGCAAGACUACAGAUACGCGUGCGAUCAGCUUAAGUCAAUACGUCAAGACUUAACAGUACAAGGCAUCAGAGACUCAUUUACGGUACAUGUUUAUGAGACUCAUGCUCGUGUUGCACUUGAGCGUGGAGACCACGAGGAAUUUAAUCAAUGUCAGACGCAGUUACGGAUGCUUUACCAGGAUGUCGGUGGCGAUAACCGUUGUGAAUUCGUAGCUUAUCGAAUCCUCUACUACAUCUUUACCAAAAAUACGCAGGAUCUCACUACGAUAAUGGCUGCUCUGACAAAGGAUGACAAAAAAGAUGAGUGUAUAAAACAUGCACUUAAAGUACGAUCUGCAUGGUGGCUGGGUAAUUUUCACGUUUUCUUCAAACUAUAUAAAAUCGCACCGCGUAUGGCGGCAUUUCUAAUGGAUUGGUUCAUUGCUCGUGAGCGCAAAAACGCUUUGAAGACCAUGAUUAAGUCCUAUCGGCAAAAUUUGGCUGUUGAUUUCAUCAUUACGGAAUUGGCGUUUCAAUCUUUGGACAAGUUUUAUGAAUUUGUCAGUGAUUUUGGUCUUAUUUAUGCCGAUUCCGAGCGACGGCUCCUUGAUUGCAAGGCGAGCAGUAGUUGUUUAGGUGGUUGGUAAAAAAAAAAAAAAAAAAAAAAAAAAUCCAACAAAAUUCGUUAUCCCUCUCGUUAAAGAAAAAAAAUUUAUUUAAAAAGAAAAAAAAAGAAAAUGAGCCACUUGUUCGUAAUAGGAGACAACUUUGUGCUUUAUCGCGGACAUGUACAUAUGUACAUUUACUUAAUUAUGUAUAUUUUUAAUAAUGUUAUAUAUAUAUUAUAUAUAUUAUAUAUAUAAGUAACACACACUAUAUAUAAUGUAUAUAUUUAUAUAAAUGUAUGUAUAUAACUUUUUAUACAUAUAAUGUAGCCUUUUAUGGUCAAGCAUUUCGAUCAAAUUUUCAUCUUGACGUGAGCUAAGGCCUCGGGGACUGUCGUCCCGAGAUACUUGGUCUCGCUUUUAUCAAUAUAUACUCAUACACGAGACGUUACGUGAUACAUAAAAGCUCUUCGAGUGAGUCAAAUAAAAUUUUAUACAAAUUAAAAUAUAUAUCAAGAUGCUUCAAGAAGAGUAUAUAUAUAAUUCAGUAAUAAUGACGGAUAAAAAGUUUAAAAAAAUUUUUUUUCAAACUACUGCUUCGUUUAAAUCAUAUAAUUAAUUAUGUAUAUAUAUAUUUAUAUAAAUAUUAUAAUUGUGAAUAAUUAAUUGCGGACUCGACCGACACGACGACGCUCUUCAUCAUAUUCAAGAUGAUCACAUCAAUAUCAUAAAUGUACCUAUAAAUAUAUUUCUAAUAGUAUUUGCACCAGCAUUCAUCGAGCAAAUGGAUCAUAAUCAAUUUUCACAGUAUCCUUGCUACGUUUCCCUGGCAAAGUACUUAAACAAUCGGACAAACAAUCUGGCAGUGACGAAGGAGGACAUCAGCCUGGAAUCGGAAUGGAAGUGAAGUUUUGAGUUGGCGACCAGUACAUCCAUCAUUGUUUAAUUGACGAAAAGCGCGAGGGAUAUCGUUUUCAACCAGCACCAGCGGACGUGGAGAAGACGAGGAAUCAGUGAUUUUUUUUUUUAGUGAUAAAUUUGUUUAUAUAUACAUAUAUUUAACUUCGGUUUAUGGAUUACCGUUACGUGAGAUUCAAAACAUGAAAUAUGAAAUUUAAACUAGAAAUUUUUUUUUUUUUUAAUUUUUUUUUUCAUUAUUAAUAGCAAAUGUUUUCAAUCAGAAUCGUUCAUACACACAUACACACAUACAUACAAUCAAUUAAUUUGAUCUCACUUGUAUCGAUUUAAUUUGUAGGAUCUUACAUGUGAAUAAUAAACUUUUUUUUUUUUUUAACAAUAACAAUCAAUUAUUAAUUUAUGUAUAAUGUGUUGAUGAUGGUUAUCAAUUGAUUUUUCACUGAUGAUUAUUUUGAUGACGUAGUUUAAUUAAUACGUAUUAUUAAUUGAUACGGCGUCAACACGUUCGUUAAUAGAUACGCGAAAAUAUAUUAAUUACAGGCGUCUUAAUAUCACAGUAUAAUUUAAUUAAUAUUGAUGCAUGGUACAAUGUAGAAUAAUUAUCAUAAUAUUUA